AUGGUCGAGAUCUUCGAAGAGUACAACAAAAUUGUACCGAUUACUUUACAACCAAUUGCUAAUAAAAAAUUGGUGCACGUUGUUUACAUCACACGACAUGGUGACAGACUCCCCUUUUUCUUUAAUUUACUUCCACAAAACAUUCAGAAAAAUAAAAAGACUGGUGAUUUAACUGAGAGAGGGAAAGAACAGAUGAAAGAUGCAGGGACUUCUUUUCAACAGUAUUUAUCGCAUUAUCCAAACGAAUUUUCCAAUUUAAAACUCCAAAAUAUUAAAAUUCGGUCAACUAAAAUACAAAGAACAGUCGAUUCAGCAGUCGCCUUUUUUAAAGGAUUUUUUAAAAAAGACUUCCAGACCAUUUCUUCAUUCUUUCCAGACAUCGUUGAACAUAAAGAAAAUGAAAAUAUGACAUUUGAACGCGAUGGCGAGUUGAGUAAAGUCGUCAUGCAAAACAUCAAGACGUCGAACAAAAUUUUUGAGAAAAACGAAAAAUACAUUUUUCUCGAGAAAAAAUUCUGCGAGAUUUUUUCGCAACCUUUUUCGCUCCACAAAUUCUCGUCGAAAAUUUUUUGCCUGGGCGAUUUUUUCUUGUUUUACAAAACACACGAAAUCUUCGACAAAAGCGUUUGCGAGAAAGUCGAGGAAUUUACCGAUGAAGAAAUGAUUGAAACAGUCAACUCGCAAAUUGAGUGGUUUUAUUUACGACUGGGCGAUGACGUUUCGACGAGAAAUAUGGCAAAACCUUUUGUUUUUGAUGUUAUAAAUGACGUGCAAAAUUCACUGAAUAAGAAGGAUGACGUCAUGUAUCAUCAUUACUCGGGCCAUGAUAUUACUCUUCUCCUUGUUUUGGCAUGCUGUGGUAUCAAAUGUGACAAAGUUAUUAAUUUGGGAGCGUAUCUGUUAAUUGAAUUUUUCGAAGAGGAAGACGGAGAAAUAGUGUUGCGAUUUUCUUUUAAUUCGAAGGUUGUGAAACUUCCAUGUGGGGCCGGAAACGAUUUUUGCAACUUUAAAAGUUUCAUCGAUUUUGCUAGUCAAUCGGUACUACGUGAAUUUACAAUUAUUUAA